AUGAGCGCAGAGGCCCCGGAGCGAGAGCCAUGCUCCGGGACUUCGACCCCUGCAACGCCCCCGCGCGCUCGCUCGCCGUACCCUCUGGCGCUUACCCCGUCCAAGGCGACCGUUUCCGCCGCUAGCGCCAUCGCUUCUCCUGGCGAGCCGUCCCCGCGAUUACUCCCCAGCACACCCCCAACACCCGAUGUGCGAUCGAAAGGCAAGGGCAAAGAGCUACAAGCUCAAGACGAGGAAGCCGUAGGAAAGCUCUCCGUGUCCUCCGACGCAAGGAGUGAGCUGCGGCAACAGCUGCUUCGAGAAAAGUCGUGGCGCCCGAGCCCGGGGCGAUCACGAGCAAGCUCCUCAGCCAUCUCGGCCAAGGCCCAAGCAUUGAUUUCGAUCUUCCAAACGGAGGAUGAUGCCCCGCGAAUGAUCAAGCACGGCGACAGCAAGGUCGUCUUCAAUAUCAAGGAGAAUCUCUACUUCUUUGCGGUUUCCGACUGGGGCGAGCCAGAGUACAUCAUUCUUAGCGUCGUGUCGGCGGCGCAACUGCAGCGCGCGUUCCAAAGGAGAUCCAACUUUGACCCCUCAAGACUGUUGGAGGGCUCCGAGGGCUUUUUGAAGCACCUCGUCGGAUCGUGCCAGGAUAAUCUCACGUUCAUGACGUCGACUCUGGAAGUGCUGCGCAUGCCGCCUGCAUUGCGCGACACUGCAGCGGCAGCGCUCAUGCCACCGUCCAAAUUCAAGUUUAACACGGCCGGCUUUGUCCACGCCUACAUCAGCUACGUGACCGACUCUGUCGGGCUAGUCUUCAUUAGUGCCGACCGCAAUGCGUUCGAGUCCCUGUCGCAAUGGCGCGUCAGCGUCGAGGCGCAGCUUAUCAAGGAUGGUUCGCUGGAGAAGAUUGAAGCCUGUGUCAAGCAGCACAGCUACGCGGUCGGUGAGUGUUACAGCUUUUCCCAGCUAACGCCAGGUGCGAUUGGCGCCCCGGGUCUAAGGCAUUUCGUGUACAAGUCGCGCGGCCUGAUACAGUCGACGGCGCCGGAAUGGGAGGAGCCAUAUGGGCCAGACUCUGCAGAUCGCAAGCGACUCAUCACGCUGUACCAACGGGCACAGGACGCGCUGUACGCCCGUUCCGGCCAGCAAACACCGCUAAAGCUCGUCUACCUUGCUACCAACAAUGAAGCAGUCCUCGGGUGGCUGACGAAGCCCUUCGAACUUUACGUGGCCGUGUCGCCAAAGCUGUCCAUGAGCGCUGUCGUAGGCGCCGCCAACCGGGUUGCCAAGUGGGUCGCGGCCGAGGAGUCGCGUCUCUUCCUCAAGGACGCUCCCGUGUUUUGA